UCACCAAGGCAUGAUAUCGCCCAGUCAGGCCAGCAACUUCGCACCGGCUUGAACUGGCAGGAUGACUGCUUUGAGGUGAUCCUACGCCUUGCCUUUACCGCCUCAUGCAACGUCAUGGGCACUAUCUCCAGUGCUAUGCAGACGUCUCUACGGCGAUUGUUUGUCGAGUUCUCCCACCUCAAGCUGUCUGGUAUGAUGUCUUUCGACGUCUUUUCCAGAGGGUUUGAGGCCUUGGAGCCCCUUUGGCUGACUGACGCCCUUUGCCGGCCUGCCACCAUCUCGAGCUGCCUGCGAUGCGCCAGUGGCGGCCAGCCUUCGGCUAUACUCCGGCCUGUCGGAUGCGGCAUUCCAUCAAACGGUCUCACUAUUACGCCGCCAGCACCGCCCAACGGCUCGACAGAGGCUACUGUUGGAAGCUCUUAG